UCGUGUUGGAGCGGCAAAGCGCGAUCCACUCCAGACCGAAAGGGAAGAAAACGGCGGUGAAUAGCGCUUCACAGACAGACAGACAUCGCAGCCGCCGCUCAUCUCGUGAGUCUUCUCCCCGCGCGGCGUAACGUGGCUACGGUCGGAGCUGAGCUCCGCUGGUUGGCACUGCCAACUCUUUCUCUCCCGACCAGCAGGCGCGCAAACAAAUUUCACUCCGGCGGAUUGCGGAGCCUCGGAUAAAAACCCCCUCCUUCGUUCCCUCCUUCCUCCUCGUCUGCAACAAAAAAAUUUGCCGAUUCGUCCGAUCGGAGCAGCUACCAGCUCACCGGCAGCGCAGUGAAAGGGAAAAUCCGAGAGAUUUUAAUGCAUUCUGAUAAAGGACGAUGGCUUUAGAAUGCAACAAAGGCAAAAUAUAAAGUGCAAAAAGAAAUACAAAUGCAAAGAGACCACCAAGCUCCUUUGAAGAUAUGACCACCUGAACACACGGGAGAACAUUGGAAGAAGCGAUGAAUCUGCAAUCAUAAAAGAGAAAAGGAAAACCAAGAUUGUUACGGUAUUUAGCUGCAAGGGAGACGCCCCAAGGAAGAAGAAAAAGCGGCUAAAAUAGCUCCAAAAAGAGUGUCCCCCGUUCUGCACAACAAAUAGAAAUAAACACUGACACGGAUGCACGGCGGAGAAAAUAUCAGCUAGCGUGUGCAACAGAUACGCGGAAGAAGAGCGAGUGGUCGAGCGUGCGCAUUAGCCAUCCAUCUAGCGAGCGAGCGACAAAGUGAGCGAGCGUAGAGAGAGAGAGAAGACAGUCGUCGUCAGCGGGAGGCCUCUGGCUGUCAGGACGCGUCAUGGAUCUCCAGCAGAAUGCCGAGUCGGAAUACAGCGAGGCGUCCGAGACGGACAGCUCGCGGGGCGAGGACCCAGAGGGCGGCUACGAAAGCGGGGCCAGCGCGCGGCCGGCCGGCAGACCCAGCGGCCACCUGGAGGACGUGCAGCAGAACACCAUGGUGGUGCGCGUGGGCAUCCCGGACCUGCAGCAGACGAAAUGCCUGCGUUUCAACCCCAACGCGACCGUGUGGGUGGCCAAGCAGCGCAUCCUGUGCACCCUCAACCAGAGCCUGAAGGAUGUUCUCAACUACGGGCUCUUCCAGCCGGCGUACAACGGGCGCGAGGGCAAGUUCCUGGACGAGGAGCGGCUGCUGCGUGACUACCCGCAGCCCAUCCACUCCGGGGUGCCUUACAUCGAGUUUCGCUAUAAAAAGAAAAUCUACAAGACCCUCGUGAAUGAAAAACAGCUGGCCAAGCUUCAUGCUAAGGUGAACUUGCGGAGGUUCAUGGAUUACAUCCGGCAGCUGAGCGUCGAGAAGGUGUUCAAGAUGCUCGAUCGGGGCUUGGACCCCAAUUUCCAAGACUCGGACACUGGAGAGUCGCCGCUCACCAUGUCGGCGCAGCUCACGAGCGGCUCCGACAUGAUCGUCACCCUCCGGAACGGCGGCGCGCACCUCGACUACCGGGCACGGGACGGCAUGACGGCCCUGCACAAGGCCGCGCGCGUCUGGAACUACAUCACGCUGCGGACGCUGCUGGACCUGGGAGCGUCGGCCGACUACAAGGACAACCGCGGGCUGACGCCGCUGUACCACACGGCCGUGGUGGGGGGCGACCCACGCUGCUGCGAGCUGCUGCUGCAGGACCACGCCACGAUCGGCUGCGAGGAUGAGAAUGGCUGGCACGAGAUCCACCAGGCGUGCCGCUAUGGGAACGUGCAGCACCUGGAGCAUCUGCUGUUCUACGGGGCCGACACGAGGGUGCAGAACGCGUCGGGAAACACGGCCCUCCACGUCUGCGCCCUCUACAACCAGGAGAGCUGCGCUCGAGUGCUCCUGUUCCGAGGGGCCAAGAAAGACGUGCGCAACUACAACAGUCAGACGCCCUUCCAGGUGGCAAUCGUGGCCGGGAACUUCGAGCUUGCCGAGCUCAUCAAAAACCACAAGGAGACGGACACGGUGCCGUUCCAGGAGACGCCGGCGUAUACGAACCGGCGGCGCCAAUUCUCCACCACCUCCGCCGCCGCCGCCGCGGCGCCCGGCUCCGCCGCUCACUGCCGCAGCUUGGCUCGCGCCGAGAGCGAGAACAACCUCCUGUCCUCGUCCAUCCGCCGCGGCACCGCCGGGCUCUGCGUCAUGACCAUCGCGGCCGGGCGCGCCGGCAACGGCGCGGGCGGCACCCGCGGCUCGGCGGGCGCCAACUGCGGAGCCGGGGCCCAGCGAGCAGAUCAGUGGAGCGGCCCCGCACGCUCGCCCGCGCUCGCCGUGCGCGGCCUGCCGCCGCAGUUCCUCGGCCAGCUGGGCGGCAGCUCGGAGGGCAGCGCCCGCUCGGCCGGCAGCUCGCCGCGCUCGCGCAGCCGCUCGCCGUCGCUGCACCGCGUGGCCGAGGAGGAGGAGGCGGCGCUCGGGGCGGACAAGACGGAGCCCCCGUGCAGCGCACCUCCCGUCGGGAUGGCCGCCGGUCGGACGGGGGGGGUGCCGGCGGCGUCUGCGGCAGCCCCGAAUCAUCAGCAGCAGCAGAGGCUGACCUCUGUGAGCACACAGCCGAAACCGGUGCAGAAGCCAGCGCCAAAGCAUCGGAAAGUACAUCGCAGCGCCAGCCUGGCUGGAAAGGACCACCUCCCCAUCGUGAGCCAGGCCAUGAGCCAGGCCCAACCGUUCACGCUGAUGGCCCCUCCACCUGGCAGAGGGGGUCCCAAGCACCGCCUCUACAGCGCCGUGCCCGGGCGCACCUUCGUGGUGGUGCGGUCCCACCAGCCGCAGGGCGAAGGGGAGAUCUCGCUGAGCCGCGGGGAGAGAGUCAAAGUGCUAAGCAUUGGCCAAGGAGGAUUCUGGGAAGGCAGUGUGAAAGGUCGAGUUGGCUGGUUUCCUGCAGACUGCGUGGAAGAAAUCAAACUGAGGAACGACUCUGUACAAGAAACCCGAGAGGAGAAAGCCAGGAGGUUGUUUCGACACUACACCGUGGGCUCCUAUGACAGCAUCGACACAAGCGACUACCUGGUGGAAGAGAAGAGCGUGGUGCUACAGAAGAAGGAGAGCGAGGGCUUCGGUUUCAUCUUGAGGGGGGCGAAAGCCGAUGUUCCCAUCGAGGAGUUCACCCCCACGCCCGCGUUCCCGGCCCUGCAGUACCUGGAGGCCGUGGAUGAUGGAGGGGUGGCGGCUCAGGCCGGCCUUAAGACCGGGGACUUCCUCAUUGAGGUGAACGGCGAGAACGUGGUGAAAUGUGGACACCGGCAGGUUGUCGGGCUCAUCCGGCACGGGGGCAACCAGCUGGGCAUGAAGGUGGUGUCCGUGAGCCGCCGGCUGGAGCCCGAAGAUGGCGUUCGCAAGAAAGCGCCGCCGCCGCCGCCGAAAAGGGCCCCGGCCACGGCCCUCUCGCAGCGCUCCAAGUCCAUGACGGCCGAGAUGGAGGAGCUGGCUGCAACACGGAUCAAGCAACCAGAGAAGCUGGACGAGAUUCUGGCAAACGCGGACAAGCCCCUGGGGGACGCUGCGGCGCAGGCCGACUCGCGCGCUGCCACCGUCAAGCAGAGGCCCACGAGCCGCCACUUCAUAAACGAGGAGCUCAAGUCGCUGUUUGAACGCCAGGCCAUUCCCGUGGCAACUCCGUCCGUGCCUGGGACCCCCAAGAAACCCCCGGUCUCUCACCCCACGGGGAUGUACAAGGCGCCCGACACGCAGGAGAACGGCAAGUAUGCGGAGCCGCCGAUGAAGUUCGCCUACUCCAUGCAGGAGCUGAACGACUACCACGAGAACGACCUCGGGGACGUCGUCGACAUGGCCGAAAUCCCCCCGCCCCCCAGCAUGGCCCCUCCGCCCCUCCCCCCGGCCGACUACGGCGACGCCAGCGACGCCAGUGGCGACGACGACGACGACCAGCCGCCGCCACCGCCGCCGUCGUACGCGCCGCCCGCCCCGCCGAGCCCCGUCCUCCCGGCGUUCGGCGCGGCCCACUCCACCUUCAGGCCCAACGGGGAGACGGCGGCGGCGGGCGGCCACCUCGCGCCGUCCAACGGCACCGCCAGGGGCGCCGUCCCGCGGGACCGCGAGCCGGCGAGCCCCGGGGACGGCGAGAAGCCCGACGUCGCGCACGCCAGGGCCCCCAAGAAGCCGCUGCGGCGCAAGGGGACGCUCAUCAAGCAGGGCAACGUGGAGAGCAGCCCCGAGAAGGCGGCGGCGCUCGCCUCCGCGGGCCCCGGCGCCUCGGCCCCCGGCGCCAUCCCGUCCAUCGUCAUCAAGGAGCCGUCGACGAGCAGCAGCGGCGACGCGAGCCUCACGAGCAGCGUGGAGUACGAGGGGAUGUCCGCGGAAGCGGGCGACGCUGGCGGAGGCGGGAAGGGUGGCGGCGGCGACGCGAAGGGGCCCUUCGCCGCCGCCAUCGCCGGCGCGGUGCGCGAUCGCGAGCGGCGGCUGGAGGAGAAGCGCAAGUCGAUGGCGGCGCCGGUGCCCACGGGACGGGGAGGCGAGGCGGCGGGCGGGGCGGAAGAGCCGCCGUCGCCGCUGCUCACAGUGCCGCCGCCCGCCGGCCCGACGGCCCUGAGCGAGUCCCCCCGCGCCGACAUGGCCCCGGGCCGCGAGGCGGCGGGCAGCGUGCACCCUUUGUCCGGCGAGGCGCUGCAGCCGACGUCGCCCAUGGCGUUGAUUCUGGCGGCGCGGCAGCGGGCGAUGAACCGCCAGUCGUCGCGCCGCCCCGGCGAUCGCGCGUCGAGGAGCGAGGUCGACGGGAGCGUGACCGGCGACGGCCCUUCCUCUGCCGCCGCGGUCCACGUCGCCAACGGCGAGAGGGAGUCGGGGGACGAGGCCUCGAACCUCAAGCCCCCGAGCGCCAUCCCGCCGCUGCCGCCGAAUCCGCCGCCGGACGGCGCGUUGGCGGCCGCCGCUGCGGGGGCGGGGGCGGCGACCCCGGGGCACGCGAUCCAGAAGGCGCAGAGCGUGGAGGGCGAGGACGACUUCGUGUUCUCGGACCCGCUGCCGCCGCCCCUGCAGUUCUGCAACAGCUUCGAGAGCUCCGACGAGCAGAUGGGCGACCAGGUGCUGGAGAAGAUCAAGCUGCGGUCGACCAAACCCAACGACCCCGAGCGUAGGAACACGAGGACGGUGAAGCCCGCGGCCUCCAUGAGCCCCUACGAGCGCAUCCUGGCGAGCAUGAUGCAGAUGCCCAUGAGGGGCACGGCCGCGGCAGCCGGCGCCGCGAGCCACUCGGACUCGGUGGACGCGAGCGCGGACUCGGGCCUCGAGGAGAUGGACAGCAGGAGCAGCAGCGAGACGACGAGCAUCGUCUCGACAGCGUCCAACGUCUCCACCGUCUCCUCCGAGGGCGGGGAGGCUGCUGAUGGGCACAAGGAGCACCACCGGCAACAGCAGCACGCGCGCUCACAGAUCACCAACAAGCCGGCGAGGUUCACCAUGAACAACGUCUCGUCGCCGCCCCCCUUCUCGGGGCCGCCGCAGAGGCAAAACUCGAAGGGCCCGUCGACACCCAGCACGCCCGUGUCGCCAGGCGCGCCGCCACUCCCCGGCGCCAACGGCGCCACGCCAAAGGCCUCGGGCUUCCCGAGGAGGUCCAAGCUGUGGGGGGAGCAGCCGUCGGAAAUGGGCAGGAACGGCGGUGUCGUCGGCGGGAGCCUGGACACGGGCAACGCCAAGUCGAACGUCAUGAACGAGCUGAACUCCAAGCUGCAGCAGAUGAGCGUGCCCACGCGCACCGGCAGCCUCCUGGGGACCAGGUCGUCCGGGCCGGCAUCGAGGCCGGCUGGUCCCUUCGGAGCGACGUUCACCGUGCGCCCGAAAACGAGCCAGCCCAUCAUGAAGCUGCCGGGCGCCGCGGGCACGACAACACCGACAGCAGACGACCCCGAGGCCUCGUCCACCGUCGCGAGGACCCCGAAUUCGCCGUCGCCAAACCCCCCGUCACGGCCGGACGUCGCCACUCCAACAACGCCGCCGGGUGCUGUCGCCAACUCGAACCUCAGUCUGGCUCCCAGCCAAAAACCGGGACCCAGCCCCCCGCAAACGCUGGCCCUGAACGCAAAGGCUGCGCCACACCCUAACCCGAACCACGGCGGCCACGUGGUCAGCUCCAACGAGGUCCCGGCGGCGGUGGCGGCGGCGAAUUCGAGCCUCAACUCGAAUCCAGUGGCGAGCAAGGCCCAGGGCGCGGGCGCCGCCGACGGCGGCAAGCCAUUUUCACAGAAGCCGAUCGGCCUGUGGAGCAAAUACGACGUGGCGGACUGGCUCGACAGCCUGAACCUCAGCGAGCACAAGGAGCGCUUUCUGGACAACGAGAUCGAGGGCACGCACCUCCCCAACCUGGAGAAGGAGGACUUUGUGGAGCUGGGCGUGACGCGCGUCGGCCACCGCAUGAACAUCGAGCGAGCCCUGAGGCAGCUGCUGAGCAGAUAAUGACUUCCAGACGUCACAUUUUUUUCCGUGUUUUUCUCGCUCACUUUCUCUCUCUCUCCUCCUCUCUCUCUCUCUUGUCUCCCACUCGCACAGAAAAUGUGGGCACUACCAAUAUCACCGCAUACAGAAAUACAAGAAAAAUGUGUCGGAAAAAAAAUACAAUACCAGGACGCAAAAUAUAUAUAUAUUUACAGCUGCAGCAACGGCAAUGCAAAAAAAAGUGUUUCUCUUGCUUUUUAUUUGAAUUUGUUUAUAAAAAAAACGGUACUCGGUUACACGUUACGAACAAGACCUACUUUUCUGCGUAUAGAAAUUUUGGAGGGAAUGGAAUGAAAGGCCUUAGCGAGGAUGCCAGGUUAUUUUUUAACAUCCCGUAUUCGGCCCUCGUCGCGUACCGAGUAACGGAACCCCCCCCCUCCCCCUGGGGGGGUCUCGUUCAAAUGGACCUUUUUAGCACUACUUUGUAUUGCAUCAGAAGAAAUGACCGUGUGGGGGGGGAAGUUUUAUCGGUUUGUUCGCAGAGGUCGUCGAGCGUCGAUGUGAAAAGGUUCAUGGUAUCCACUGCGCGACACGUCACACAGCCCCUUGCCCCCCCCCCACUCCCGAUGAGAAAGACUACUCCACGAGUUCACUUUACCGUGCUUUCCUCUUCGAUCUAAAUUCUGGAAAGGUCAACGCAUGGGCACAAAAUGCAAUACACGGUUGGAGGUUCGUCGAAGCGCCCCUUUGGAUAUUCUUUUUUGACCAUUAAAAUGAAAGUGUUGAUGCUUACACUGGACAAAGCAAUGUAAAGAUCGUAAUGUGUAAAUGUUUUUGAAAAUAAUAUGGUAGUUUCCUUUUAAUCACUGGAUCUUUGCUUCAUGAUUGACAGCUGCAAUGUUUCUUUUGUUCGUUUUGGCAGUGGAUUUGGGGGGGGAGGGGGGAUUAUUUAGCCAGUGGUAAGACGGGACCCCCUUAGGAAAUAAUGGAACGUCCCACAUUUCCAUGCUUGCGCAUGUGUUUGCUCCUUAAAUAUAAAGAGUUUAAGUAACAACUACUACCCCAAGUUAAGGCGUAAUAGGUUUUUUUGGAGUGAUCCACAUUGUAAUGAGUCAGUGUAUCUCUUAAAUUUUUGGUGAAUCGGUAUAAAUCUCAACUGAGUUGAUCGAUUCAGUUUUUGUUCUGUAUUAAUUUACAGAUGUCAAUUUGUAAAUGGUGUAAACGCACUGUUUCAUAAUCCGAUGGGGGUCUCCUAUUAUCCCCCUUUUUGUUUAGCAAAUAUAUAUUUAAAUAAAACAAAUAUUCGUACUUUUUUUUUGCUUGCUGAGAAGAAUUAAAAUAUUCUAUGAAAGAAAGAACUAGUUUAUGUAAUUUGCGUGAUGGCACUGCAAAGUAUAAAUUAAGUGGGUGGUUUUUUUAUGGUUUUGUGGAAUGAUCGAGGUAUAUUGAGCUGUUCUCUUGAAUGUGGGAUCGCUUAGGAGGAGUAAAGGGGUUAUGAGUUCCCGGACUUUUAAAACCAUAACCCAGGGGUGUCAUUAGGGUUUCUGAUGCAUAUAAAGUUGCCAAAUAUUGUACAGUUUGCAAAUACACUACGACACGUGACAGUGUUGUUUUUCAUAUGAACUUUGUAUAUUUACAGGGUUAUUAUACUUGGGUAGUCUAUAUCUUAAAACAAAUAAAAGUACAUUUAGAAAGGUGAAGAAUGUACCGAGAUCAUAUAUUAUUCCGCAUAGAGUUAAUAAUCUCAACAUCAUAAGUGUAUUGAUUAGCCCAACACCAUGAGCGUGAACAUUAGUGGAGUGAAGCUUGCUACAUCUUAUUCAACAGCAAAUACAUUCAUGAUAAUCAAACUUUUAAAACAAAAUAACAAAAUAACAAAAAAACCUUACCCUUGAUAAAAACCGAGUUUUUUGUGGGGGGGGGGGACGUUUUUGCCAUCAUAACCAAAAUAAAUUUUAGCGCUUCUUGAAAUCUUAACGAGAGCACGAUUUGCAAAAUGCUUUGCCAUUGUUAAACGCGACGUUUUAACGGACGGUCGAAUCUCUCGGCCCGCUGCACGUAUAAUCCUCUUCGCCCGCUCGGUCACGAACAUUAACAGAGUCGCGUGGGGCCCUCACGACUUGCUGUCACACGGAAGAGGUUUUUGCGUUCCUUUGCGCGCUCUGGAAAUCCCGUCGCUUUUGUUUCUUGGGCGCGAAAUAUAAUUGCGUCCAAGUGACGACAUGACAUAUAUAAAUAAAUAUAUCGUUUAAACAUA